AUGAGCACUCACAUCAAGUGUGCUGGGAGUGUAGAGGAGAAGGCGAAGCAGCAAGGCUCUGAGAAGGCUUCAUGGCAGGUGCAGCGUGUGAAAUGGCUCUUAGGGGAAGAGGAGCAUUUUCGUGGACAAAGAGUGGUCUGUGUUCAGCUCACCCUUCCCUGUCUGUACCCUGUCUGUGGAUACAAAGGCAUCCUCUCUUGCCCUCGCAUCAGCUUGACAACUGUGCUGGUAACCACAUGGGAAAUAAUCCUCAGAGACAAGCCUUCCUGCACCAGAGCCUACAGGAGACAUACAAAUGAGACCAGGGCCAUAAACUGUAGUCAUGAGACAAUAUCCUGGGACUCCAGACCGGAUCAGAAUCCCGUCCUUCAGAUCGAUCCAGUGGCCAUCACUCAUGAUGGAUAUUACAGGUGUGAGUGGGCACAACUCAUGGGAUAUCACCUGACAGUGUUAGUGCCCCCCGAGGUGACCCUGUUUCAACUUGAGAAUGGAACUAUCGUGUGUAGGGCAGCUGCAGGGAAGCCAGCGGCGCAGAUCUCCUGGACCCCAGGGGGAGAUUGUCACACUGUGGAAGAGCCACUGGGCAAUGACACAGUGACCGUCCAGAGUUCGUGCCGCUGGGAAGACCACUGGGUAUCUAAUGUGUCCUGCUCUGUGUAUCAUCUGACUGGCAACAGGAAUCUGUCCAUAGAGCAGAAUUCUGUUAGUAAUUUCAGCUUUUGUAUGAGGUUUUCAUUAUAUCAGAGAAGCUAUGGAAGAAUGAAAAAGGAGUGUAUGGAGAAUUUCACUCAAGGAUAAUCUCCCCAGCUUCUCUUUUAUGU